AUGCUUGAUCACAUUGCCUUUUAUGUGAUUCUAGCUGUAAUCAGCUUGGUAUUGGUAUGAAAAGUUCAAGGAAAGAAGUCUAACUUAAAGUUCUACAACAGAAAUAUCAUGCUUAGCCUCCUUCCUAUUUGCUUAAAGCCACCUGAGGAUUGAAAACCAAUCAAAGAAAUGACAAUAAAAAAAUCUACCAAAAAGAAAAAAAUUAAUAUGCUUUAUAAUUCUGAUGCUGAUAAUUAUUUAUUUUAUGAUCGGCUAAUAGUGCCAUAGCUUAUAUUAUUCUUAUGAAAUGAGUAUAAAGCUUUCAGGCCACAAGCUUCAAAAUUGAAGAAAAAUAACUUAGAUUUAGGUGAAGAUAAAAAAAAAUUUGCAUUUGCAAAUAAUGGCUUGGGAGAUAAAGAAGAAAAAAUUUACCUUAUCCCUACCCAAUUACAGCGUCACACUACUUCCACCAACACUCCCAGAACCAGCAUCACUCCAAGCACCACUCCCAGAGCCAGCAUUACUCCAAACGCCACCACUCCCAGAAGAUCCAACACCACUUCAAACAAAAAAAGAAAAACACUCCCAAAUCUCCCAGAAUCUCCCAGUUCUCCCAGAAUCUCCCAGGCUCCAGACUCCAGACUCCAGACUCCACAAUUCCUAGAACUCCCACAACUCCCGCAACUCCCAGAACUCCCAGAACUCCCAGAACUCCCAGAACUCCCAGAACUCCCAGAACUCCCAGAACUCCCAGAACUCCCAGAACUCCCAGAAUCCCAGAACUCCCAGAACUCCCAGAACUCCCAGAACUCCCAGAACUCCAGAACUCCCAGAACUCCAGAACUCCCAGAACUCCCAGAACUCCCAGAACUCCCAGAACUCCCAGAACUCCCAGAACUCCCAGAACUCCCAGAACUCCCAGAAACUCCCAGAACUCCCAGAACUCCCAGAACUCCCAGAACUCCCAGAACUCCCAGAACUCCCAGAACUCCCAGAACUCCCAGAACUCCCAGAAUUCCCUCAACUCCCUCAACUCCCUUACCUCCUAGAACUCCCACAACUUCCACAACUCCCCGGAGCAAUCGACCCCAAAAACAUCAACCCCCAAAGAGCCCCAAAGAGCCAUCACCGGCAGUUUUUCGGGCAGCAAGCCUUUCCCCACGGAAGCAGCUCUCCCCACGGCGACCUCUAGGCUGGCCGCCACGUAGGGAGACCAGCUGACCCUUUAGCAGCGGGACGACUCAUUGACCAUCGCUGUCGUGCGCCAGGCCUCUUCCUCCACUAAGAGCUCCUUCCUUUCCUUUUCAGCGAUUCAUCACUCGAUUUCCUGUACGAUCUCCUCCGUAAUGCCAGCCUUUUCAAGGUCUUCCAGUUGCUCCUCCCUCUCUAGUCUUCUGUGUUUGCUGUCCGGUCUACUCCCUCUCAGGAGAUCAUCAAAUUCCAUCAGGGCUUGGGAGAUAAAGGAAUUAGCAAAGAAUCAAACAUACUUUUUGAUGGAUUAGGGGAUAGCUUUGAUCAUUUAAAUCACAAAAUCAAAGAAAACUUCAAUUAUGGAGAAGUUGAUGAUUUAAAAGAUAUCUCUGGCAAAAAUUCAUAUAAUUAUGAAAAAGUGCCAGCAAAUAGAGCAAAUGAUUUAUCUAACUCCCCCCCCUUUAAAUUGGAACAAAAUAUAGGUAAAAUUUCCACUUUUUUGGUAAAUUAACCCCCCCUUUAAAUUGGAACAAAAUUGAUUUUAUAAUAAAAAAUUUGAUAUAUAAAAAUCAUAAUUUUUAUGUAAAAACUGUUGAUAUAAGUUAAAUGCUUCUUCUUAACUAACAUUAAAAAUUUAGUUAUAUCUUGAUCUUGUUUAAAGAAGAGACUAUAAAGUGCAUCUUAUUUAAAUAAAUUUAUUAUCCUUAAUUGAUAAAUUUUUAAAACAAUUUUUUUUUUUUUUUAAAAUUUUUCAAAAAAUGUUUUUUAAUAAAAAUGAUGUUUUUUAAUAAAAAUGAUAUUUUUUAUUUAAAUAAUUUUGAUAUAAAUUCAAUGUGGAUUCUUUACAAAAAUUCAAAAUUUACUUAUUAUUUUUUUUUUUUAAAGAAUAGAGUAUAAAUAACAUCUUAUUUAAAUAAAAUUAUCACUUUGAUCGAUGAAUUUUCUAACAAUUUUUUUUUUUUUAUUUUUUUUAUCAAUAAAAAUAAUAAUUUUUGUGUAAAUAGUUUUGAUACCAAUUAAUAGUGGCAUAUUAACUAAUAAUAAAAAUUUAGUUACAUCUUGCUUUGUUUUAAAAGUAUAAAGAGUAAAUAGCAUUUUAUUAAACAAAUUUAUUAAUCUAAUUCGAUAAAUUUUUGAAUCCCCCUUUUUUAAAUUUUAUAUAAAUUUUUUUUAUUAAAAAAAAUUUUAUAUUGAUAUUUUGUUUUUAAAAAAAAUUUUUUAACCCCCCUUUAAAUUGGAACAAAAUUUUUUUGUUCCAAUUUAUAGGGGGGGAGUAAGGUUUUGGAAUCAAUCCCUUUAAAUCCUUAUGCUCAAGAAUUUAAACCUUCUUUCCAAAAUGGAAAGUAA